GUGAGCGAGCGAGGAGACGACCAAGACGGUUCGCCGAGAGUUACGCACUGAGUAUGUGCUGGCGGCGGAUAACGGCGGACGGACCUAAAACAAAGUGUGCGUCGCAGCAGAAUUCAAAGCGCAGCUUGAAUAAACUGUAAAUCAAAACAAAAAAGUAUCAAAUCAAAAAGCAAAGAAACAAAAUCUAAAAACAAAAUAUUACUAAAAAAAAAAAAAAAAAAGAAAAAGAUGACGGACAUUGCGGAGCUGUUGAACAGCAUGUCGAGCAAAUUUAACAGCGACUGCGCCACCAGCACAGCCGAGGGCGGCACGCUGCUGAACCUGGACCUGGCCGAGGAUAAGACGCUGAAGUGGCGCAAUUUGGCCAAUAAUCAGUUUGCUUGUAAAGACAAGGAUAAAAAGCAAUGCCACAAAAGCGACGAAAUGCAUGAGAAGCAACAGGAGCCGCAGCCGAAGCUCGAUGCGGCUGUCAAAUGCGAAGCGGAAGCUGCAGAGGGCGCCCAGCAGCUACCUCAAGGCCAGAGCCAAAGCCAAAGUCAGGCUAGCGACGCUGACGUCGACGCCGACGCUAACGUCGCCAGUGCAGAAAUCCCCGAACAAACAGCAGCAGCAGCAACACUGACGGGCGAGACGCCAGUAAAAGAAGCCGCAGCAGCAGCAGUGGCGACGACGUCGCCGCCGCCGCCUAACGAAACGACGACAGCGGCAACAGCCGACAAUAAAAACGGUAAUGACGAUGACGUUGACGUUGCCGAGUGCGCAGCCGAAGUAGCAGAGGCAGCAGCAGUAGGCGAUGACAAUGCUGCUGCCGCAACAGAAGAAGAAGCAACAGCAGCAGUCAAAUUGGAGCAGGAAGCGUGCAAAAGCGCAGCAGCUGUGGCAGAACUGGCAACGCCGUCUGCGCACAUUUCCACAGCAACUGCAGCAAAAACAACAACAACAACAACAACAACAGACGAAGGCAUAAAGACUGAAACUGAGAUGGAAUCCGCAAAUGCAACAGCCAAAGAGGAGCUUCGAGAGGAACAGCAACAGCAGCCGCUGCAGGAGCAAACGCUGACUGCGCAGUGCGCACCAAGCGCAGACGCAGCAGAAGCAGAAGCAACAGACGAGGUCACAUCGGUUACAGUCGCAGCAUCAUCGGCAACGGCAUCCCCAGUGCCAGCAGCAGCGCCAGCGCCAGCCGCUCCACUUGUUGUCAACUCUGCUGCCAAUAGUAGCAGCAGCAGCAGCAGCGACAAUUUUGACGUCGCCGCUGACGCAACAGAUUCGACUUCGAUGAAUGCGGUUGCUGCUAGCGACGACGUCGCAGCUCCAAUAGCAACAACAACAUCGCAAGCCAGUGCUGAUAAAAACGAACCAAAUGCUGCUGCGAGCAGCACGAUGCGUCGCCUGCGUCGCACACCGCGGCCCACAGACACGCCUACGCCCACGCCCUCGUCUGCAGAUGAGCCAACGUCGCCGAUGGCGACGCCAGAAGAGGAUCCGCAGGCAACAGGCAGCCAGGAACAAGUGACGCCCGUCGAGAACAACGAACUGGCCAGCGAUGUUAAGAAGGAGCCGGAAAAAGCGCCAGGCUGCAGCGACAUGGAGGCAAAUACAGCCAAUGCGCCGCCAGCACCAAAACGUGGACGCGGACGUGCCAAAAAGAUAAAGCCCGAAACGGAUGCAGCCCCGGAGCCGGCUGGAACGGCUGUGGAGCUGGCCAACGCUGUGUUGCCUGUGUCCCUGCCGGCGCCUGGUCAGGAGGAGGCGGCGUCGCCACAGCCGGCGGCUGCAGUGGAGCGCAAGGUGGGCCGCAAGCGCAAGCCGCCUGAGGAGGAGCUGGCAACGGACUUCACAACGGCGCUGGUCAUCAAAACCGAACAGGACGAUGAAGUUGCCGCCGCGCCCAGCAGCGAUGGCAAAAGAAUGCGUCGUAGCGUGCGUCUCGGCAAUCGAUUGGAUCAGGCGAACGCCUGGACGGAUGAGGUCAAAACUGAGCCGCUGACGCCGGCAGCCAGUGAGACGCCGCCGCCGUCAGCAGCAGCAGCAGCAGCUGCAUCUGUUGAGCAACUGUCGUCGGCUGCGGUCCAGCUGGACGAGAAGACACCGCCCAAGAAGCGCGGACGCAAGGCAAAGAUACCAGUGCCGCCGCCGCCGCUGCCGAGUCGAGCGGAUUCCGCGGCACAAACUGUGCUCCUUGCAUCUAGCAGCGGGAGUGGAGCCAUGGCCAUUGGCCUGCCCGCAGCCGUGGCGCUCUCCAAUGGCAACAAGCGCACCGCUACAACAACAAAUCUGGCUAUGGCAACGGGUUCGGUUGCGGCUGCGGCGGCAUCGGGCAGCGCGCCGGAGCAGCAGCAGCAGCAGCUGCCGAAGCGCUCGAAGCGGCGCAUCAAGCCCACAACGAAAAUACUGGAGAACGAUGAGCUGCGCUGCGAGUUCGAGACGAAGCACAUCGAGCGCAUGACCCACUGGGAGUCAACGGCCGAGGGUGAGGGCGUGCACUUUGAGACGCCGCUGCAGUCGUGCAGUGCUGGAGGCGGCGGCUCCAACUCAUCCACAUCGCGGCAGAAGAGCGACAAAUCGGAUGGCGGCAGCGGGCUGGAACAGCAUCCGGCGGGCACGAGCGCGAUCAAAAAGCGCCUGUUCUCCAAAGCGCAACGUGACAUUGACAAUUCGGAUGCAGCGCUCUUGGCGAAGAGUCAACUGCGUCCCUGUCCCAAUUUUGAGCAGUUUCUGAGCGACGUCAAAGCGGCCAAGCUGAAUGCGAAUCGUUCGCCCGAGGAGCGCAAACUGAACAAGAAGCAGCUGCGCAAGCUGGCCAAACAAAAGGAGAAGCAUCUCAAGCACCUGGGUCUGCGGCGCAACAACAGCGAGGAGGCCAGCGACAACGACAGCUCCAACACGGACAACGAGGAGUUUGUGCCCACCACGCGUGUCCAGGUGGGCAAGCCGAGCGUAACGCUACGCUUGCGCAAUGCCAGCAAGGAGCCCAACAGUCAGUCCGCUGCACAGAAGCAGCUGCCGCCGCCGCCGCCGCCGCCGCCUGCUGUGCCGCCCAAGCUGACGCGACGCAUGGGCGUGCGUGGCAACAAUGCGACAACAGCAGCAGCAGUCGCAGCUUCGGGAGCACCGGGAGCAGCGGGAGCUGCCACAACGCUGGAGCAUGGCCAGCUGCAUAGGCUGAACAGUGCCAUUCUGGCGGCCGCCGAUGCCAGCGAUGCCAUUGCCAGCACCUCUGCUGCGGCUGCGGCUGCUGCUGCUGCCAACGCCUCCGGCUCCGGCUCCGGCUCAUCCUCGGCUGGCAUCAAGUUUAUUUGCCUGUGCCAGCGCGGCUCGCAAUACUAUGCCCGCAAUGCGCCGGACACCUCCUACUGCUGUGGCAUCGACAACAUCGAUGAGCAGAAGAUUGGCUGCUGCAACGAGCUGGCCGCCGAGGUGCACAAUCUGUUGCGUCCCAGCCAGCGUGUCGGCUACAUGAUACUCUGCGACGAGCACAAGAAGCGCCUGCAAUCGCACAAUUGCUGUGCCGGCUGUGGCAUAUUCUGCACACAGGGCAAAUUUGUGCUGUGCAAACAGCAGCAUUUCUUUCAUCCGGACUGCGCGCAACGCUUCAUACUCAACAGUCCCUACGAUGCACAACAGCAGCCCCCAAAUGCCGGCCCUGGCGGCAACUAUGCCAGCCCCCUGCUGGUGCUCAAGUGUCCCCACUGCGGCCUGGACACCCCGGAGCGCACCUCAACGGUCACCAUGAAAUGCCAAACCUUGCCCGUCUUUCUGCCCGCACAGAAGACCAAAAUCAAACCCGCCAAGUUGACCACCUCGUCCCAUUUGACGCAGUUCGCCAAUGCAGCUAACAGCACAGAGGGCGGUUCAAAGGCAGCCAGCAGCGGCGGUGGUGGCAGUUCGUCUGCCAAGCCGACAGCUGGUGCACGCGGCAAGGCCGCCGGCAGCUACAGCGGCAAGUCGAAUGGAACACGCGGCAAGGGUGCGGCUGCGGCAAAUGCUACCGCUGGUCAGGCGCUGAACAUCAUCAACUUUGAGCAGCUGAUACCCGAGUCCGUGAUGAAUGUGGUGCUGCGGGACCGGAUCGUCUCGUCCAGCGGUCGGGUGACAACGGAAUUCAACUCGCGCGACAUGUACUACGCCGUGCAGAACGAUGAUCUGGAGCGUGUUGCCGAGAUUCUGGCUGCCGACUACAAUGUACUGACGCGUAUGCGUGAAUUCCUUAAUGGCACCUGCCUGCAUCUGGUGGCACAUUCGGGCACCCUGCAAAUGGCCUAUCUGCUGCUCUGCAAGGGCGCCAGCUCCCAGGACUUUGUCAACAUUGUCGACAGCGAAUUGCGCACGGCUCUCAUGUGCGCCGUCAUGAAUGAGAAAUGCGAUAUGCUUAAUCUGUUCCUACAAUGCGGCGCCGAUGUGGCCAUCAAGGGUCCCGAUGGCAUGACCAGUCUUCAUAUUGCCGCCAAACUGGGCAAUCUGGAGGCUGCCCAACUAAUUGUGGACAGUUAUCGCGGCUCGCGCAACAUUGCCAACUUUUUGAGCUUUAUCAAUGCCCAGGAUGAGGGUGGUUGGACGGCCAUGGUCUGGGCAGCCGAGCUGGGACACACGGAUAUCGUGAGCCUGCUGAUCAAUCAUGGCGCAGAUCCGAAUAUAUGCGACAAUGACAACAACACGGUGCUGCAUUGGUCCACGCUGCACAACGACGGACUGGAGACGAUAACGGUGCUAUUGCAGGCGGGCGCCGAUUGCAAUGUGCAGAACGUGGAGGGCGAUACGCCGCUACACAUUGCUUGCCGGCAUUCGGUGACGCGCAUGUGCAUCGCCUUGAUAGCGAACGGCGCCGAUCUGAUGAUCAAGAACAAGGCGGAACAGUUGCCCUUUGAUUGCAUACCCAACGAGGAUUCGGAAUGCGGACGCACCGUUGGCUUUAACAUGCAGAUGCGCAGCUUUCGGCCGCAGGGACUGCGCACUCGGGUGGUCUGUGCGGAUGCCUCGAAUGGACGCGAGGCGCGUCCCAUACAGGCGGUACGCAACGAGCUGACCAUGUCGGAGCAUGAGGACGAGGCCGAUGCGCUUAUGUGGCCGGAUUUCAAGUACAUUAACAAGUGCAUAAUACUGCAGAACUCGGUGCAGAUCGAUCGGCGCGUCUCACAGAUGCGCAUCUGCUCCUGCUUGGACAGCUGCAGCAGCGAUCAGUGUCAGUGCAAUGGCGCCUCAUCCCAAAACUGGUAUACGGCCGAGAGCCGUUUGAAUUGUGACUUCAACUACGAGGAUCCGGCAGUGAUAUUCGAAUGCAACGAUGUCUGUGGCUGCAAUCAGUUAUCCUGCAAGAAUCGCGUGGUGCAGAACGGCACGCGAACGCCGCUUCAGAUUGUUGAGUGUGAGGAUCCGGCCAAGGGCUGGGGCGUGCGUGCGCUAGCCAAUGUGCCGAAGGGCACAUUUGUCGCCAGCUAUACGGGCGAGAUUCUGACUGCACCCGAAGCGGAUCGCCGCACCGAUGACAGCUACUAUUUUGAUCUGGAUAAUGGACAUUGCAUUGAUGCCAACUAUUAUGGCAAUAUCAGUCGCUUCUUCAAUCACUCGUGCGACCCGAAUAUAUUGCCCGUGCGCGUUUUUUACGAGCAUCAGGAUUAUCGUUUCCCCAAAAUUGCAUUCUUUGCCUGCCGCGACAUCGAUGCCGGGGAGGAGAUCUGCUACGAUUAUGGCGAAAAAUUCUGGCGUGCCGAUCAACGGGUCAGCGGAGGCGGCUGCAAGUGCCUGACGGCCUCCUGCAAAUAUUCGCUGCACUCGUCCAGUUCGAGUGCAUCGCCAACAGCGGCAACAGUUGGCGAAGAGGCGUCUGGCGGGCAGACAACGGCACAGGAGCAUUUCAUAGAUCCCUUGGUGUAGUAUACACGAUGUAACAUAAUGAUUCCAAAACCAAAUCCAGUCGAGCAUUGAGCACAUGCAACGUAACACAGAGACAAGGACGGAGACGCAGACGCAGACGGAGACGGAGACGACAUUGACUCUCUUGGCCAAGCCAUGUUGCCAAGCAUCACAGACAAAAGAGCGCCAUAUUUAUAUAUUCUAUAUACAUAUAUAGAAAAUCAAAUCAAAAUCGGGGCCAACACCAACAACAAACACGACGGCAACAACAACUUCAGAUGUCUUGUUUUUGUUGUUGGCCUUUGACUGCCAAAUGUUUCCAAGGUUUUUAUUAGUUAUUGUUUAUACCAAUAUUCAUAUGUAGAUAUUAUUUUUUAUUUUCUUCUUCUUCUUUUUUUUUUAUGUUUUCAUUGUGCAUUUGUUUUUAUACGAUAGUUUUGUGUUGUAAAAUGCUCUUUAUUAUUUUUUUUCGUUUUUUCUUUUUUUUUUUCAAAAACUACACGCUAAGCUGCAUGUCACAUUGUGCAAUACACACAUAUAUUUCUAUACGUAUGUAUAUGUAUGUAGCUAAAUAUAUAUAAAUAUAUGUGUACGUAACUCGAUUACGUUCUUUUUUUGUGUAAUCGUUCGCAUGUGUGUGUGUUAAUGUUAAGCAAAGGCCAUGAUAUAUAUGGAUAUAUAGAUGUACAUAUAUUCAAAAUAGAUGUAAAGUUCUGUGUGCGAUCAAGAUAAAAGCGGAGAAUUUGUAACUAGUCAUGGCAGACAAUUUAUACAUAAAUAUAUAUGUCUAUAUACCAUAUGUAUACAUAUAUAUACAUUUAUAUUAUAUAUUUAUAUUAUAUAUUGCAUAUGCAUAUAGUUUCGCAUUAUUAAUUGAGAAUUACGGCAGAGCGUUUGUAAUUGCAAUUAAACAAUAACGGCAACAACAGCACACACACACACACACACACACACACACACACACACACACACACACAAUCGUGAAUUAAACAAUAAAUGUAACUUGCUUUUAAACUAAGCUACGUCUAAUACGUAUUAUAUACAAUAUUUUUUUUUUGUAUUGCAAGUCUAGUAAAAAUUGUUGACAUUUGAACGACACAAUUCACAUGUAAAACAAAAAAAUUAAUAAUCAUAUGCAAUCGAAAUGAAAAUGUAUGUUUGUGCUGGAAAAAGUACUGAUAGUAGUUAAAAAACAAAUGUUUUAAAAAACAUUUAUAGAUACACAAACACACACAUAACCUUUUGUGACCCGUCGCUUAUUGUAAAACUUGCCAUGUUUUGUUUCUAGUUUUAACAGCAAAGCAGCUGUAACAGUAGCGGUCACUGUUACUGUUACUGUUACUGUUAAUGUUAACGUAAAUGUAACUGUAAUUGGCUGAAUUCAGCUUUGCACUCGUUAGCCACAAGUGCCUGAAAAGCUUUCAAAAAAAAAAAAAAAAAAAAAAAACCCCCCCCUCCAAGGG